UUACGUUUUUUGUUUACUGUAAUGUGCAAAUGAAUAUAAUUUCAAUGGAUUCUGGUUUAAUAAAAUGGACACUUUAAGUAAACUAAAUUCAACUCAAUUUAGAUGCGUGCAAAUCAAUUCUUAAGGACUCCUUGAGUUGGUCAGAUCGGUUGUUUAAUACAGAUUAUAUUAUCUUGAAAAGAUUUUCACCAGCUUCCCAUCAAUAUUCCAUUCUAUAAUUUGAUAAUCGGUUUAAAACACUUUAAUUGAGAAUAUUUAUGAGUACGCUUUUGCGUCUACUUCUUAAGUCACUGAGGUUGGAAGACGAGAUGAAAGAACUCAAUGGAAAUAUUCAAGGUCGGAUUCACUCCAACUAGUGAACCUUGAUAUCAGACUUACUUGACCACUACCCAGAUAUACUUUACUCUCAAUUACCUGCAGGACGCCAAAUCUGGUCAAGUAUUGUAUAAAAAUAUGUCGUCUGGACAAAGAGAAAAUGUAUUUCCCACUAGAAUGACGCUUACGACGAUGAAAACUCGCCUUAAAGGAGCACAAACAGGCCAUUCGUUACUUAAAAGGAAGUCCGAAGCUUUGAAAAAGCGAUUUCGAGAAAUUGUUGUGAAUAUAGAUCAGGCGAAACAUAAAAUGGGUCGUGUAAUGCAGAUAGCAGCUUUCUCAAUGGCGGAAGUGGGUUUUGCAAUGGGAAAUAACAUCAAUUUUGAAGUACAACAAUCUGUGAAGCAAGCUAGGCUCAAAGUCCACUCUAAGCAAGAAAAUAUUAGCGGAGUUUUUCUUCCUGCUUUCGAAACAAAUCUUAACGAAAAUAUCGAUGACUUUCAGCUCACUGGUUUGGGUAGAGGAGGACAACAAAUCCAAAAAGCUCGUCAAUUUUACGGAAAAGCCGUGGACACUCUUGUUCAAUUGGCUUCCUACCAAUCUGCAUUCAUUCUGUUAGGUGACGUUUUACAAAUUACGAACAGGCGCGUGAAUUCAAUUGAGCAUAUUAUCAUUCCAAGACUUGAAAAUACCAUCAAGUACAUUGAAUCCGAAUUGGAAGAGCUUGAGCGUGAGGACUUUACGCGAUUAAAGAAAGUCCAAAAGAUUAAAGAACAGAGAGAAGAGAACGAGGCUGUAGCAGAUACUAAAGAGGCUGGUGCUAAUGUAGUGCAGGCUACUUCAGAUGGUGAAAUUGUCAAACCUCCUUCCGUUGAAGUUGGAAAACAGCUUAUUUCAGAAGCAGAGAAAAAUACUGAUAAGGAAGAUACUUACUCGCUUCCAUCGACCUCUACUAAUGUCUCUGAUGAUGACAAAGAGGCUGAUUCUGAUGAAGAUGUUAUCUUUUAGACAGCUGGAAUUUCCUUCCUCAUAUUUUUUUCGUGUUGAUCUUACGCAGGUUCUCGCUUAAUGCUUUUGUAAUAUCACUAUCAGAACAACUUUCUUAGAGCAUAAAAGGUUUCUUGUUUUUUACGAAGUAUAUAACUGACAUUUCCAAGUAAUCUUUUAAAGCUUCAUAUUUUGGUGAUCUUUGCUUCUUGCAAAAUACAACUUUCGUGUUGAUCUUUCUUUUAGCCUAUUUAAUGUCAUCUAUAGAAUCAUUCUUAAGUUGAUCUGAUGAGGGACAUGACUAUAUUCACAAUUAAUAUACUAUGCAUGUAAUUUGAAGAAAAAAAAAAUGGUGUUGAUAUCAUUAUUCUAUUACAAGCUUUCAUUAGCAUUA